CAGAGAAACCACCAUCAUCACCAUGGUUGAUGCAGCUCUAAUAAGUGGUUUACUUACAAAUUUGGUACCUCUAAUCAAUGAUGAAUUCUCAUUAUUUUGGAGUUAUAAAAAAGAAGUUCAAAAGUUAUCAAGCACCCUUUCUUCAAUUAGUGCUGUUCUUGAAGAUGCAGAAAGAAAAAGAGUCCGUGAAAAAGACAGACAAACAGAAGAUUGGUUACUCAAACUCAAACACAUAGUAUACGAGGUUCGUGAUAUCAUGGAUGAAUGUACUUUAAAAGAUCUUCGUGUUCAAAUCAAAAGAAGAAAUGCUUCAUCUUCAACCCGGAUCCAGGUAACCCAUUCAAUAACUCAUCCUUUUAUCAAUACUAGGACACGUCUAAAAAUUGGUCAUAAAAUUAAGGAUGUUCAAGAGAAAUUAGACCAGAUUUCUUAUGAACGUCAAAGGUUACAUUUGCGUGAAUCUAUUCAUGACAUGAAAUCAUCUAGUGGCCGUGAAAGUAUGUCUAUUCCUACAUGUAUUCAAGUGUAUGGAAGAGAUGAAGAGAAAACAAAAAUUGUUGAUAUUUUAGUAUCAAAUGAAUCAAGUCUUGUUAAAGAAUUAUCUGUUUUACCCAUUGUUGGAAUUGGUGGUCUUGGGAAGACAACACUUGUUAAAAUGGUUUUCGAUGAUGAUGAGGUUGCUAUGCAUUUUGAUACUAGGAUUUGGGUUUGUGUUUCUGAGAAAUUUGAUGUGAAGUUAGUGAUUAAAGACAUUAUACAAGCAACAAAUGAGACUUCUUUAGAGAAAUUGUCGAAGAAAGUUAGAGAUCAAUUGAAAGGGAAGAGAUAUUUGAUUGUGUUGGAUGAUGUUUGGAAUGAAAACGAAGAGGAGUGGAAUGUUUUGAGAGCUAUAUUAGAUUGUGGUUCGAAUGGUGCAUUUGUCCUUACUACGACACGGAAAAGAAAUGUGGCGAAGUUAAUGGAAACUAUUCAACAUGUUGAGUUAUCGUCGUUGUCUGAUAAUGAUUGUUGGCUGUUAUUUGAAGAGCGUGCGUUUAUGCAUGGAACGCGAAGAACUCCAAACUUUAUUUCUAUUGGGAGAGAAAUAGUUAAAAAGUGUAAGGGUGUUCCUUUAAUUGCUAAGACGUUGGGAAGUCAGUUGGGGUUCAAGAACGAUGAAAAAGAAUGGUGUAGAAUCAGAGAUAAUGAAAUAUCGCAAAAUGAAGAAUUUAUCUUGCCUAUUCUAAGGAAGAGUUACUAUGAUCUUCCUUAUCAUUUGAGAAGAUGUUUUGCUUAUUGUGCUGUAUUUCCCAAGGGUACUAAGAUUGAAAAAGAGAGAUUGAUUCAAAUGUGGAUAGCCCAUGGAUUGAUUCCUAUAAAUGAAAACCAAGAAGCAGAAGAUGUUGGAAAUACAAUUUGGAAUGAGUUGUGUUGGAGAUCCUUUUUUCAAGACGAAACAGAGACAUUUUAUUGGUUUGGAUUUCAUACAACUUGUAGGAUGCACGAUCUUAUGCACGAUCUCGCCCAAUCUAUUAUGAAAGAUGAAUGCUAUACGAUGGAUGGUAAGAGCUCAAGAAGAAUUUUUAGACAAGAAAUUCGUCACUUAACAUUAACAGUUAAGGAAUUUGGCAAAGAAAAAACUGAGUUUCUUAAGGAAAUGAGAGGUUUGCAAUCAAUAAUACUCCAUCCCGCUAAUAUUGGAUUUUUGAAUGUCUCGAAGGAGAUUUUGGGAGUAUUGAAGAAACUUUCAUCUUUACGUGUCUUUGAAGUAUAUUGCGAUGCAGAAACUCUUGAUUUGCGUUAUGUUGGAUGUCUAAAGCAACUUAGAUACUUAAACCUUUCGGGCAGUGAGAUAACAACAUUACCUAAUAGUAUUUGUGAUCUCUCGAACCUUCAAACCCUGAACCUCAAUAAUUGUUUUUAUCUCGAGAGUUUGCCAAGGAAUACAAAAGAUCUUGUUAACCUUCGACAUCUCUAUUUGAAGGAUUGUAUUAGAUUACAAUAUAUGCCUCAAGGGAUGAGGCAAUUAAUACAUCUCAAGACGCUAAGUUUGUUUGUGAUAGGCAAGGAAAAUGAUCACUGCCAACUAGAUGAGUUAAAAGAAUUGAACAUUCGAGGAUAUUUGAGAAUUAAGAACCUUGGAAGGGUUACCAAUGCAUCUAUUGCGAGAGGGAGGACGAGUUUUGCUUCUCAAAAAUCAAGCAUCAAUAUGUUGGAGUUACAAUGGGAAGAUAACGACGAAGAUGAUGAUAAGAAGAAGAAUAGACACGAGGAAACAGGGGAAGCUCUUGAGGUUCCAACUACAAGUCUUAAGAUUCUGAAAAUGCGCGGUUAUACAGGUUUGAAUCUCCCCAAAUGGGUGAGAAAGUCGUCUGAUUAUCUAACACAUCUUGAGUUCUACAAAUUGGAAAAUGUGAAGCACAUAUUCCCCAUCAACAAUAGUGUUAGUAGAAAUGACAAUGGAAUGAUAGUAUUCCCCUUGUUGGAGGAAUUUGCUAUUCAUCACAUGAGAAAUUUGAGGGAAUUGGUUGCUCCUCCUUAUAGUACUCGAGCAUUCCCUCGACUUUCCAUGCUCGAGAUAUCUUAUUGCCCAAACUUGCGAAACUUGCCACAACAUCUCAAAGAUCUAACCGUUGUUGGUGAAUGUUCCAAUGAUUUGUUAUAUAACAUCUCAAAUCUUAGUGGUCUCACUGAUCUUCAUCUUUCUAAUUUAGAAGCAAGAAAUAUUUUGUUUCAAGAGACAAUGUUGUUUGGGAACAUUAAUGAAACACAAGGAGGACGAUCAAGUUUCCAAUCUCUUCGACAUAUGAAGAUUGAAUACUGCUCGAAGUUAAGUUGUUUGUUUGAUGAUGGAAUGAUGAUGUCUCUCCCGUUGCUACAAACUUUGUCUAUUUCUGAUUGUCAAAACUUAACAUCCCUAUCACGAAAGAAGAUAAUAAGUGGUGUCACGAACCUCGCCUCUCUCACGACUUUGCAUAUUGAGCGUUGUCCAGCGAUGAAGAUGUUAUUGACUGAAUUUGGAAACCUCAAUUCAUUACAAUAUUUGUACAUCGCGAGUUGUCCUAAGUUGGUAUCCUCGGAAGAAGCAAUCGAUGUUGUCGCACUCUUAACUUCACUUAAAGUAAGACUUGGCCGUCACAACUUUCAUGUAGAAUUCCUAUUCGAUGAAGACUUGGCCUAGAAGAAAAGUUGCAUAGAAGCAAAGCAGAGAUGGCUCUAGGGAUGAAGAAUUAAUUUGAGCUCUGAAGCUGCUGACAUGCAUCAUCAUGGGUGGAGCAGGUGUUGUCAAAUUAUAAACACCAUUAAAGAUCUUAUUAUUUUGAUCUGAUAUACACAUCUUCCUUAAUCCAAUGGAUAAUUGAAUGGUAAAUUUGAGUAUUUCAAUAAUAUGAAAAUAUUUAAGGUCAUUGUUGAUAAAUCUGUUUCAUAUUCAAUGUUCCAAUUUACAAUUUGAAAGUUGAAAUCAUUGAGUUCGUUUUU